AUGAAUAAAAAAUAUUUUAUGAAAAUAGGAAAGGGCGCAAUUGAGAGAAAGAAUAGUCUGACACGAAAAAUAGCUGGAUUCAUCUUUUUAGUUGGAAUAAGCAUCUUUUGGCUUAUAUUCUUGACCCCUCUUCUUGGGUCUAUCAUAUUUCUUACAGGAAUGAAGCGUAAUCUGAGCAAUCUUAAGCUAUCAAAGAUAGAUAUAACACAUCCUGAUAAGAUAGAGAUAUCUGUGAAUUAUUUGCUAGGUCUCCCUUACUUUAGUAUCUAUGCAAAGGACAUUAUGAUAGGGGUGAGUACAUCAAGAAAUGAAAAGCCUCUUGGGUACUGGUACAUCAGUGAAAUAGAGGUAGUUAAUAAUAAGAAUAAUACAGUGAAUGCUUCAAUGCAGUAUGUUACGCCUAAGCAUACAUCUAAUAUCGACGAAAAAUUUUUGCUGAAUGUUGAAAACCAGCUAUUAUUUACCUUUAAGGGAACCGUUUUUCUAAAGCUAAAAAAGAAUCUUCCUGGGAUAAGCAUUCCUGUAGUUUUCCCGUAUACUCUAGGAUGGUACAUAGGAAAGAAUCCUUCAAUCACAGGCAUUAAAAAGAGUGGGCUGAAGCUGGUAGACACGCUUCUUAAGAGCAUUGAGUCUGAAAGACAGCCAGCCACUGACGCACAAGUAGGGCAGCAGACUACAAGAGGAGAUAUGCCAAUUCAGAUAAAAAAGUACUUUGUAGAAGAGGUUGAAAAUGUGACAAAAGUUACAGCACGGUAUCAGUAUACGAAUAUCCCAUCAUGCUUAUCUGCUAAUAUUCCUAGUGUAAAAUUAGGCCUGUACAUAGAUAAUAAGAGCGUAGGAAGCCUGUCUGUGGAAAAGCACACUAUUAGAAGAGGCGUAAUCCAUGGUGGAUUUAAUAGAAGUACAGCACAAGACAGUAAUAUGCCUAUAGGGAAAGAACAAACAGGAAAGAAUCCAAAGAAAGACACCCGGAAUGAAAAGGAUCCAAAAAAGACUAAGGAUAACCCAAUAGAUACUAGUAACACUGCGCAGUUUACUCUAACACUUACACCAGAGAACAGUCAGAACAUAAGAGAUGCCUUAGGGAAGUAUAUGGGCAGAGAGGCAAUUGCGUUCACCUUUAGUGUAGAUGAGUUUAAAAAGUUCGCUGAUCCACCGUACACAUUCCACUAUAGGAUCCUUAAGCAAAUCAGUACAAUAUACAUAAACAGAAUAAUACCAGGCCAAAAGAGAGAUAUGCAAAUAAAGGACACGCCUCUGUUUGAAGGAAGAAUAGAAGGAGUGGAGAAAAAUGGGCUACGAUGUAAGCUGAUAUUUAAUGAAGAACUAUUCCCAUACAAAAGGAUGGUUGAAAGCAUUAACACAGGAAGAAUUCCUAGCACAAGUCUAAAUCUAUUUAUUAAUAAUGAAUGCUCAAUCAUAGGCACUGGGUACCAUUACAGGAAAGAAUCGCAAGAGAGAGACAGCGAGUACUACAAGAACUUUCUAGUGAUGGAAUGUAUACUCACGAUUCCAACAAGCAUGGAAAACCUUUCCUCUUUAUUUAAGAAUAACAGUCCGGAUAUUUCCGGUUUGAUGCAGAAUUCAGAGGUGUCCGUUAAAAAGAGCUCUAACCAUUGUUUAAAUACAAUAAUGAGCGGAUUUGGAAUGCGAUGGAGAGCAGGAUUAGGCAUAUCCGUAGGAUAUGUGUGGCUAGAACCUCUUCCAUCGACUAAAGAAUCUGUUGAAUACUCUACAACCUACAAGGUGCUACUAGACCUUAAUAAGCAGAUUACAGGAAUUAACAUAAAAUCACCACUAGAGCAGCUAGUCAAAGAGCCUGACCAGGCACUCCAUAGUUAUAUUCCCAGUGAAAGCGUAAAUGCACCAAGUGCGCGCAUAGAACCCAAAGAAAGAAUUUCUUAUGAUGAAGAGCUGGAAAAUGGCGUAGCUGCAACAUGCACAAUAGAAUGCAAGGAUAGAGCAGAGUUGGAAAAUUAUGUGAGAAUCGCCUGGAUAGACACGGAUAUAGUGCUUGCACAGGAGGGUGUUUUUGUCACAUUGGGAAUGAAUAAGUCAUAUAUUGAUGUUCUGGCUAGUCCAUCUUCAAAUGAGUGGAGUAUAAGGAGUUCAGUGCAAACUGUUAUACAGAUAUCUGUAAAUACUGACCCUGAUGCAAAAACUCCCGAAAAGAUUUCGCUGAUUGAGUUUAGAGACCCGAAUGGUCUAAGAACAGUACACAGACUGCAGCCAAUUCAUCUGAGCAUGAAAAGACCUAAUAGCAGGCUUGGUACUAGAAGCACAAUUUUGAUGAAUAUUGAUACGUUUGUGAAUGACCUAAUAAAGAACCUGCAUAUGGAAGGCAGUAAGUCUGCCAUGAACAUGAACGGGAAUAAUGCUAUGAUAAAUACACUAGCUGUUCUAUUUCGCCUAAAUAAGAUAAACCUUCCAGAGCCUAAAAAUCCAAAGCCAAAAAGAUCAUCUGUGGCUUUUUUGGUCUGCAUUCCUCCAACAGCAAUUGCUCUGUACGAACACUCUGCCUCGCAAUUAGCAGGGAUUCUUCGGGCUGAUUCUAUGGAAGUGAAAUUUGUCUAUUGCGAAAUGGGUGGAGGCAGCAUUGAAAUACACAAGUCCGUCGUUAAUCCACUUAAAGAAGAAAAGCGCAUACUCAUACAGGGCGUGCUUGGAGAGGCAGUUUUCACAGAAGGGCUCUCACUUCAGAGGAAAGGCUUUUCAAAUUAUUUCUAUCCAUUCAACAGAAGCUUAGUAGGCCUCUUUAAGGUAGGCAUGAAAAUAGCUUUGGGUGAUGGAUUUAAGGAAAAUAGCACUGUAGUAGCUGGAGUUAGCAACUCCUCCGAUGAGAAAGCACCAGAAGUCCGAAAUAUUAAGGUUGCUGUCUCCGGGAAUGGCGCAGAUAAGGAGUAUCAGAAUGGUUUAGUAUUCCGCACCACAGCAUUCUAUGGGGAAAAAGCACUGCAAAAACCGCCAAAAAAUAGAAUUGCUAUCUGUACGGAUGGAAUUGUUUCAGUCUCUAAUAUGUACAUGAAAAUAACAAGUGAAAGCAAUGCCAUUGUAUACCUAAAGAUUGAAUUCAUACAGAUGGGAUUUGUCGACAAGCUGUUUGAGUUCCGUGCAAAUCUGACACUCUGCUUAUAUAACGAACUCUUUGAUCUGCUGCUGUCAUCUGAUUCGUGUUUGGUCAACAUGGAGCUGGGGUCUAUCUGUGAAGAAAGCAAAGAACACACUUCAAAGACAACUCUGCAGGGAAUGAGCACUCUUAUAAUGAUCAACCGCACAAUACAUAACUACUUGAAAAAGAAGUCCACAGACGAUAUACCUAAGAAUGAGGCUUUCUUUGAUAUAGUAAUGAGAAAAAUACGCACUAUUUUUGUAGAGAAUAACGCUGUGCAUGUUUCUGUAGAGAAGCACCUGGCUAGAAAUAGCAAGCUAUUUGAUGAAAAGCAAGUCAGCAGCUACACAAACUCGCUUAUUUCUACGAUAGAAAAAGAGAAGUGUGAAUAUACUGGCCGAAAUAUUCACUACAAGAAUCGAUAUAUUCCCCCGUGCACAGAGAAGGACCAACCAGAGCCAAUGCUUAAAACCCGCCUGCAUAAGAUACACAUCACUGCAGAGCAAGAAAAGACAAUUGAGAACAUGAAUUGUCUAGGCAUAUUAAUACCAUUCUCUGUGAAAACCAAUAUGAUCAGGAAAGCCCUUUCAGACAGCGUCAAUAAACAAGGCGGACUAGGAUCUUAUCUUGAUAUGGUAAAAAACGGAAAAAAGAAUAUUAAUCUGUCCAUUGAGGUAAACAACCUGCCUAUUGGAAAGAUAAAAAGUACUAAAAAUGAGCCAGAGAGUAGCCCUGUGCUGCUUUACAUUCAGAAGGCAUCAUGGGCAUAUACUAAUGAAGCCAAGCCAGAAACAGGCAGAAAUUCCAUGCCACUAGACACAAUUUCUGUUUGCAUGUCAGUAGUUGCACCCCAUUACUUUACGCUCUCUGAGUACUCCACGAAGCAGGUUGAACUAGCACCUAUCCCAAGGCUAGCAUACAAUGUGUAUAUGAAGAAAAAAAUGGAAAAAAAACUGCCUAUUGAUCAGCAAAAUAAUACAGAGUUAAGACCAGAACCUUCUGUUGGCUCAUUUUACUGGUGUUUUAAUACAGCCUUAUUUUUAUGUAAAAAGAGCUUUAGUUCUAUUAAGUCUAUGCUCUGGGCAGAAAAAGUUGAAAAUAUCUUUAACUAUGGAAUAAUUCCAGAUAGUCUUUUGAAAAACAACUUCAAUGGGUAUAGAGCUAUAUAUAUAAAGAAAACCCCAAGAUUUUCAAUAGAUACAGAUGAGAUUCGUGCAGAACAGAAACAAGACAAGUCAAGUACUUCUACUGCAGAAACAGAAAUUCCCUCAGAAAAUAUGUUCAACCUUGCCUCAUAUGACUACAGCAAGAACUUCUAUCUAAUGGGCACAAGCAAUCACACACCUACAUUAUAUAUAUAUCCUGCCUUAAUAGAUAUUGACAAAUCUCCAACCAAAAGAAUAGCUUUUAUUAUGUAUAUGCACUUUAAUCGCACAUACUCCUUCAUUAUGGAUAUCUUCCAAAGUAAGCCUGAGAAAGAACCAGAACAUGCCUCAUCAAAUUUAUAUUUAGUGGUAAAUAACAUGAUGCUUCUUUCUAUUGAACUGCAGCCUAAAAAAGAAGCUAAAGUAGGAACAAUUGGAAAAGUGGUUAUUAAUUGCAUGAAUAGUAUGGUAUCUCUAUUUAGGAAUCCAAUAUUCAAUUACGUCUUCAUACGAUCAAACGGGAAAAUGGAUCCAUCUGCAACAGGAAUUCUAUCCCAGAGUCAAAUAGAAGAACGCAUAAAUGAAAUAUCAGAGCAAGUAUUUAAAAGGCUUUACACACAAGAUGCCCCAAGUGCCCACAUAUCCAAAAUAUUUGCAAACCAGUAA